AUGUCGAGCCGCAUAAAGCGCAAGUUCGAUAUCGACCCCAACGCGUCGGACCCGGACGACUACGAUUACGACGCAACCGAGAGGCCGGCACCACAGCGCCGUCGCAACCCAAGCACACCUGGGGCCAAGAAGAAAGGAUCGAAGCGCCAGCGACGCGUAUACGGCGGCUCUGACGUCGAUGACGACGAUGAAAUAGUGUCCGACGACUCAUUCACUGACCGUUCCGAGUCCGAAGAACCCGAGAUCAACCCUGCGACCGGCCGCAGCGUGCGACGCGCCACAAAGAAGCAGAUCAAGUACGAGGAGAGCGAGGAAGACGAGAUCGAGGAUACUCCAUCAGAAGGCGACGACGACAAGCCUAUUUCUACCUCGCGACGGCGCGCAAAGCCCUCUAUUGAAGAGAACGAGAAGCCUUCGCUGAUCGUCAAACUCAAAAUGCCAGACUAUGCCUCUGGUCGCAACUUGCGCACUCGCACUGGCAGCAAGUCUAUCGCGCGUGGGAAGACUCCUGAGGUGGCAGGUACGCGACGUAGUAGUCGCCUAUCUCACGACGUCGAGGCGCCCAUAGUUGCGCUCUCCGACUCUGGCAAACAUGUUAACAUCGUUCGCGAGGGUACUCGAAGCCCAGACCCAGCAAUAUCACGCGCAACCCGAGGAGCCAAAGGUCCGAGAAUACAACACCCCAGCGCCAUCAUGGAGGCAUCUCAAGAGACAUCCAUGCUUCAAGAGGAAGAUGCAGAUGACUCUGCCGGUCCCUUGGACGACCUUUUGCACGAAGCCGAGACCCAGGUCCAGGCCAGCAAAGACAGCUCGCCGAUACAGGAUGCUCAGGGUCAUAAGGCUGACGAGGAAGAUGAAGACGAAGGCAUGGGUGUCAUACAGGAGUCGCAGCAUGAGGGCGCUCCUGAGGACUCAGAUGAGGAGGAGGGACCCGUGACCCGUGGCGGCCGCACUAUGAGGGCCACUCGUGCGCGAUCAGCCAAACAAAAGAAGGGCGUGGACGAAAGUAGCGAUUUUGAACCGGCACCGGAAGAAGAGAAAGAAGAUGAGGAGGGCAUGUCAGAAUCCGAUCACGGCAAGCGCAAGCGUUCACCUUCAGAGAGCGCCUCGGGCUCAGGGCGCAGGUCCACUCGUCAAGGCAGAACACGACAGUCUCAAAGAAGUCGCCGAGCCUCGUCUUCUGAUGAGCACUCUGGCGUUGAUUCAGACGAGGUUGCGGAUGAACUUGAAGAGCUCAAUCCGAACAAGCGACGACGCUUUAAUAGACGUGUUCCAGACAAGGAUCUCGCCUACGACACUGCGCCAGCCCGCAGGAAUCGCACAAAUGUAGAUUACCGUGUGGUUCGCCCAGAGCUCAAUGCUGUCUUCGAUGACGACGACGCAGCGGCUCCGGCUGCUGGAAGAUCACGACCGAAAGGUGGCCGCUCGGGCUAUCGCAGUCUCUUCAGCAAUCAAGGGCCCUUCGGUGGCGGCGUGGAAGCAGGUCUUGGUGCUGGCGGUGGGGACUCUGACAGCAGCGAGGACGAGAACCAAAAGAUGCCGAAGCCCUUUGGUGGAAUGAUUGGAAUGACUCCAACAACAGCAACCGCGCCUGGUUUCGGAUUUCCUCAAACACACAAUGCGGACCCUCAACAAAACUCAGGUGGAGGUCCUGCCAACCUUGGAAAAGUCAAGGACAAGAAAGCGCUCGCGGACUCCGAUCCCUUGGGAGUUGAUCCUAACGUCAAUUUCGACGGUGUUGGUGGCCUGGAUGACCAUAUCAACAAGCUCAAGGAGAUGGUCAUGCUCCCACUGCUGUACCCGGAAGUGUUCACUCGAUUCAAGAUCACCCCGCCUCGAGGAGUUUUGUUCCAUGGACCUCCAGGUACCGGUAAAACAUUACUUGCUCGAGCAUUAGCAUCCAGUGUCAGCAACCACGGACAAAAGGUUACGUUCUACAUGCGAAAGGGUGCUGAUGCGCUGAGCAAAUGGGUCGGAGAAGCUGAGCGUCAGCUUCGUCUUCUUUUCGAAGAGCAAGAACAAAUUCAUGCUUCUAUUGUAGCAACACUGCUAGCUCUGAUGGACGGUAUGGAUGGACGUGGACAAGUCAUUGUUAUUGGCGCGACCAACAGACCUGAUUCUGUGGAUCCCGCUCUUCGACGUCCAGGCCGCUUUGAUCGCGAGUUCUACUUUCCAUUGCCAAGUGUAGAAGGACGGCGGGCGAUUCUCGACAUCCACACAAAGAAUUGGGAGCCGCCACUGCAGCCCGCAAUGAAGGACUCUCUCGCAGAAUUGACUAAGGGCUAUGGUGGUGCGGAUCUUCGAGCUCUAUGCACAGAAGCUGCGUUGAACGCGGUGCAGGGUACAUUCCCACAGAUCUACACCUCAGAGCGAAAGCUCCUGAUUGAUCCCGCCAACAUCAAAGUCCUCGCGAAGGAUUUCAUGAUAUCGGUGAACAAGAUGGUGCCAUCCUCACAGCGCACUGCUACUGCGAGCGCCGCACCACUUGCCAAGGACUUGGAGCCAUUACUUCGAAAGCCAUUGGUGCAGAUUAUACAACGUAUCGAUGAGCUGCUUCCAAGGAGGAAGAAGCUUACUGCGCUUGAAGAAGCGGAGUACGAUGAUCGCGAGGACGAGAAAGGAUUUGAGCGUGAAGCAACAAUGCGAAACUUUGAGAGCAGUCGAAUCUUCCGGCCACGUCUACUUAUCAGCGGUCUGGUAGGCAUGGGUCAGCAAUACCUGGGUGCCGCCCUACUGAACAAGGUCGAAGGUCUACAUGUGCAGUCCUUCGACCUGCCGACUAUCCUUGAGGAUCCCACGCGUACCCCUGAGGCUGCCAUCACCCAGCUCUUUACAGAAGUACGACGCCACAAGCCAGCCGUCAUAUACAUACCAUCUGUCGACGUCUGGUAUCAGACCCUUCCUCCUACUGCCAUCAAAACAUUCAAACUUCUUCUGCGAAGCGUAGGUGCAAAUGAGCCGAUCAUGCUACUCGGUAUAAUGGAACUCUUCGACGAGCACGAGCGACCUGACAAGCAAAUGAUGAUGGACUUAUUCGGCUUUUCACAAAACAACGAGUAUCAGCUUCAGCGCCCAGAGCGCGAGGGCAGGUCCGAAUUCUUCAACAAUGUGAGUCAAUACAUUCGGAUGUCGCCUGCCGACUUCCCCGAUCCGGACAACAGGAAGAAGCGUAUCCUACCUGUGUUGGAGCCUGCACCUAUCACUGCUCCAGUCAUUGACCCCAAGGAAUUGGCCGCACGCGAAAAAGCACAAAAGAAGGCGGACAGAAUGACUUUGAACAAGGUCAAGAUGUUGAUUCAACCGAUCAUGGAUCAGUUGAAGAAGAGCUACAGGAAAUUUUACAAGCCCAUCUUGGAAGAGAGCUGGUACGCAUAUCUCCUCGAGGAACAGGAUCCAGAGCACUUCGGUACCGAUCUGGCCCCUGAGCAGCAACAAGAACAGGGUGUUGUUCGUCCUUGGGAGUUCUCAAAAGACUCCAGAGGGGUUGAUGUAUUGCUUCACGUCGAGAGCGGCAACAAGUACUACAACCUCGAUCUCGGCAACAUCGAGAAGCGCCUCUCAAAUGGCUACUACAAGCGACCCAAAGAUUUUUUGUUUGACAUAAAGACUUUGGUUAAGGAUGCCAGAACAUUUGGCGAUGCUGAGCGAACGCUCAAGGGUAAUGAGAUGGUCACGAAUGUAGAGGUUGAUAUUGACAACUUCUUCGGUGUUCAGAACCCCACUCUUCUACAGGAGUGCGAGGCAGUCUACGAACGAGAACUGGAGAGGGAGCGCAAAGCGAAGGAGAAGCUGCAGAAGGCGCGUGCCGAGGGCAAGGAUGGAGAGGAAAUCGCGAGAGUGCCUCCGGAGAAUUCUCUUGGUACGACAGAGACUUCAGGGCCGAUCAUACUGGGUGAACCCGUUCCAGGCCAUACAGCCGUUCCGCCAGUCACACCACUGCGGCCAUCACACAACGCGCUAUCGAAUGGUACGAGUGGAGAAGAGGCCUCACAUGGUCAUCAGAACGGCUCGACAGCACCUUCAGGGCAUGAUGACGAUACCCAUAUGCCGGACAGUCAAGACCUGAACGCCGACACGCAGAAUGACUUCCAAUUCCAGACUCCAAACAGAAUUGACACACAGGCGACUCAGACGCAGAAAUCGCAAGCAUCGGGACGAACGUUUAUGAUGCCAAACUCCCACCCUAACGAUUACCACAACAGCGCCUCAACGACAACGUCUGGUCAAAAGACGUCAAAUCGAUCUUCCGAUGUCAAGUCAAACACCCAAAGCAGUAACGGCGCUCUUGUGGCAGGCUUUCCAGACCUCCAAGAGUUCGUGCCACAGGUGGGCGGGUCACAGCUUCCCGAUACCCAAGGUGCUAUACUAAACGACGACGAACCCAAGCCACAGCUCCUUCUUGACGAAGCUCAACUCGUCGCCUUCCACCAGUCCCUCGUCACCGCAACUUCAGGUUGCUCACUCGAACAGCUCGAGCAGAUCAACGCCGCGCUCAUGGACGCCAUCUGGAAGAACCGCACCGACUACAACCGUAACGUGGUUCUGCACAAGGUGCAAGAUGCAUUCAACACAAUCAUUGAGGACAUCUCAGUCAUGCAGCAAAUUCUCAAGCUGAGCCAAGAGACGCCGGAACCGGAGACCGAGACACAGUAUACCAGCGCCCAGGCGCCAAGAAGACCAGGUUAUCUCCCAGCGACAGACGAAGGGUAUUCGGGUAUCACACAGCAUGGCAUCACGCAACAUCGUUGA